GUUUCUCUGAUUUCUUUGUUUCUUUGAUUUGUAGGGUUUUCUACUGGAAUAGAGAUGUCGUUCGAUCUUGUUUUAAAGCCGUCAUGCGGCGGCUGUGGGUCGAACACUGAUCUUUACGGGAGUAAUUGUAAGCAUAUGACUCUCUGCUUGUCCUGCGGAAAAACCAUGGCGGAGAACCAUGGAAAAUGUUACGAGUGUGGCGUUGCACUCACACGAUUAAUUCGGGAGUAUAAUGUCCGAGGCAGUUCUGCCAGCGAUAGAAAUUACUUCAUUGGUAGAUUUGUGUCAGGGGUUCCCAAUUUUUCUAAGAAGAAAAAUGCUGAUAAUAAAUGGUCUCUCCAAAAAGAAGGGCUUCAAGGGCGCCAAGUUACAGAUGCUUUGCGGGAGAAGUACAAGAAUAAGCCUUGGCUUUUGGAGGAUGAGACUGGCCAAUUUCAGUAUCAUGGUCAGCUUGAGGGUGCACAAUCUGCAAGUUAUUAUCUGCUCAUGAUGCAAGGGAAGGAGUUCGUUGCUAUUCCUGCUGGUUCCUGGUACAACUUUAACAAAGUUGCUCAAUAUAAACAACUUACCUUGGAAGAAGCUGAAGAGAAGAUGAAAAAUAGGAGGAAAACUGCAGAUGGAUACCAAAGAUGGAUGAUGAAAGCAGCAAAUAAUGGACCUGCUGCCUUUGGUGAAGUGGAAAAAAUUGAUGACAAGGAAGCUGGUGGGGCUACUGGACGGGGACGUAGGAAAGCAUCUGGUGAUGAUGAUGAAGGAAAUGUCUCGGAUAGGGGAGAAGAGGAUGGAGAUGAAGAGGAGGCAAGGAAAAAUAGACUUGGACUUGGCAAAAAAGGUGGUGAUGAUGACGAAGAAGGUCCUAGGGGAGGUGAUCUUGAUUUGGAUGAUGAUGAUAUUGAGAAGGGUGAUGAUUGGGAGCAUGAAGAAAUAUUCACUGAUGAUGAUGAGGCUGUGGGUAAUGAUCCUGAGGAAAGGGAAGAUUUGGCUCCUGAAGUUCCUGCUCCUCCAGAAAUCAAACAGGAUGAAGAGGAUGAGGAUGAAGAGGAUGAAGAGGAGGGAGGCCUUAGUAAAUCUGGGAAGGAGUUACAAAAGCUGCUUGGACGAUCCAAUGGGCUAAAUGAUUCAGAUGGUGAAGAUGACGACGAUGAUGAUGAUAUGGAAGAUGAGAUCGGCCUUUCCCCUGUACUGGCUCCAAAACAGAAAGAUGCACCGAAAGAGGAACCGGCUGAUAUCAGCCCCUCAAAAACAGGGCCAUUAGGAUCUGCACGAGGAACCCCUUCUGCAUCAAAGUCAACCAAGACAAAAAGGAAAUCAGGUGGGGAUGAUGCAAAGGUUUCUAAUGGAGCACCUGCAAAGAAAGGGAGAUUUGAUAAUGCUCAGGAGUCAAAACCCUCUGUGAAGGAUGAGCCAUUGUCCACUCCCAAGAGUAGUGCACCUCCAAAAGGUUCAGCUUCAUCUGCCAAAGCUGGACCAACACCACCGACUGGCCCUGUUACUGAGGAUGAAAUCAGGGCUGCAUUACUGCAAAUGGCACCAGUUACUACACAGGAUCUUGUUGCGAAGUUUAAAGCAAGACUAAAAUCGAAGGAGGACAAGACGGCCUUUGCGGAUAUCCUGAGGCGAAUUUCUAAGAUACAGAAGACAAAUGGAUCCAGCUACGUUGUUUUGAGAGAGAGAUGAUAAUUAGGCCAUAUACAUGGGCUUUAAUGAUGGCAUUAGCCUGCUUGCUUUUGCUUUGGUUUGCAUAUGAUACCACCUUUUGUGGAGAGAAACCAGCUCAGGUGUUGCAUAUGUUUUCUCCUAGGCAAGAUGUGGAACCCUGGUGUGUGUAAAAUGAGGGUUCUUGUUUUUUCUAGGUCCUCCAGACUGCACACCAGGUAGUCCGCAAGCUAUACUGUAUGCUUGUGGAUCAUUAGCUUGGGAUUCUCCAGUUUGUUGUCUUAUGUUUCUUUGGG